ACCUCUUGUUAGUUGUUACCUCCUGCUCCGCUACUCCUCCCGUCUUCCGGCGGCCCCGGGGAAAGGAAGAGGGGAGAGGGGAGAUGAAGGCGUGCGCGAAGGCGGCGGGGGAGAGACUACCGCUGGUCCGUGCUCCGUCAACCAGUCAGCCUCUGGCUCGGAGCUUUGUUAAGGUAAGCAGAUUACCCUCUCAACAUGAGACGAAGUGUCAAGUAUCCUGCUCAGUUAGGGUGUCAGAAAACACAGCUCGCAGAAUAUAUGCCACAGCAGAAAACAUUUUCCCGGCAAUGAAAGAUCAUGUCUUGAAAGCAACUGAUGCAAUCAACAGAGGAGAAGUGAUUGCGGUGCCCACUGAUACCAUAUACGGGUUUGCGUGUGAUGCCUGCUCUGCGGGAGCAGUUAAUCGUAUUUAUGAGAUCAAAGGGCGUAUACAAACACGGCCUCUGGCAAUUUGUGUUGCUGAUGUCUCAGACAUAUCACGGUUUGCUUUAGUGGACCACUUGCCACAUGGCUUGCUUGAUAGUCUACUUCCUGGGCCUGUCACUGUUGUUCUAAAACGAGGUGAAAACAGCAUAUUAGAGAGAUCACUUAAUCCUGGCUUGGAUAGCAUUGGAGUUCGUGUGCCGGAUCUGGAUUUCAUACGAUCCAUUGCUCGUGGCGCUGGAAGUGCACUUGCACUUACCAGCGCCAACUUAAGCGGACAGCCUAGUAGUGUCAGUGUCAAAGAUUUUGAGGGUUUAUGGCCACAUUGUUCAUGUGUCUUUGAUGGUGGAGUACUUCCUUCUGGGCGUGCUGGUUCAACAAUUGUUGAUCUAAUAACACCAGGAGUCUACAAGAUAUUGAGAGAUGGAAGCUCAAGGAAGGAAACAGCAGCUGUGCUUGGCAAGUUUGGCUUUGUUGAAGCUUCGUGACGACUUGGUGCUUUAAGAAAGUUGGCACGAUCAAAGAGUUGCUUUCUUAUCCAUAGCAUCUCCUGUUUAAUUAGUGAUGUAUAUCGGAGCUUUUUUUUUUUGCUGUUUGUGCUUUUCUUUUACAAUCUUCAAACGUACUGUUGUAAUGUGAAUGCGAUCUUGAGUAGAAUAGCAGAGUUCACAUUAUUUAAGCUGUGUAGAGUGUGACAUGGGUUUGUUUUUUAGCAAAUGAUGCAACUAGGUUGGGGACUUUGGAUGUGUUGUGGACGAAAAUUUGGCAUUUUUUGUGCCUGCGCUUUUCGCCCAA